AUGCAGCUCUCCUGGCUCGCCAUUAUGGCGGUUCUGUUCACUGCUGUCGCGGCCAAGUCGACCGCAAGCACCUCGAGCGCUACUACGACGACUUCGGCCAAGGACAGCUCUUCCAGCAGUUCUGCUUCAGCUAAACCCACCAAGAACGCGGCUGCGGGAAAAGCCCAGAAUAACCCAUUUGCAUUCAUUCGGGAAUUCGGAGCAACAUGGCUCAAGAGGGAUAAUUCUUUGAUAGCAAUGGGGAGGAACCAAAUUGGGUUCCGACAACCCGGAUCCGACACAGGAGUCCGGCGUACCUCUUGA